UUUAGUAUCAAGUUCCAUUAAAGGUUGAAGAAAAAAUGAAGCACAGAGGAAGUGACAUGGAAGUAUCAGAAAACAUACAUGAUGCUGCAGCUGCUGGAUUAAUUCCACAAAGACAGAAUGGAAAAACUGAUAACCAUCAAUUGCCUAUUACAGAAAUAAAGAUUCUGAUAGGAGGGAACCUGGUUUACAUAUGAAGAAGUUAAAGAAAGGUGAAAAUGAAAAAGGGACAUCAAAAGGAUCUGAGAUCACAACAGUGUUGCAGAAGGCAGAUUCCCUAACUGGUGGUCCAGUACAAAAGAAUGAUGGCAGCCAUUUCAGUGAAAAGGAUCAGCAUGAAAGCAGACCUGCAAAGAAAAUUUCUAAGAAAAAGAACAAGGUCAAAAAGGAAAUUACUUCUAUGGAUGACCUUGUCGACUUCAUUCAGUCAUCUGAAACAGCCUCAGAGGAUUGUGAGUUGCCUUACUCUAAGAAUUUCAUGUUGCUGAUUGAACAACUUGGCAUGGAUUGUAAAGAUAGGAUGCCUUUUUAG